AUGGCAGUCAUUUUUAAAGACAACAACAUUCUUUUGGGUACUUGCGGUUUUUAUGGUGACGUUCUUCAAUUAAAAAAGCUUUUGCAGCUUCGUCAAAAUCAAUACAAAUUUAAUUAUCAACAUCAAAUGACUACAGAAAUGUUUGCUUCUAUGUUGUCUCGUAUUCUUUAUAGUCGCCGCUUUUUUCCUUUUUAUACUGGAUGUAUUGCUGGGGGAAUUGAUACUAAAGGUUUUUUUAUUUUUAUCGGGUUUUGA